GAAUUCUGCUGAUCUCUGUGCAGGUUCCUCCGUCUGCGGAGUGAAGAUGAAGCUUUUUUUUCUAGCAGCACUUUUGGGCCUGAGUUUUUCCCAGCACGACCCACACACCAAACACGGACGCACAUCUAUCGUUCACUUGUUCGAGUGGCGCUGGCAGGACAUCGCCCAGGAGUGUGAGAGAUACCUCGCUCCUAACGGCUACGGAGGAGUUCAGAUUUCUCCACCCAGUGAGAGCAUCGUCCUCACCACACCAUGGCAUCCCUGGUGGCAACGAUAUCAACCAAUCAGCUACAACCUCUGCUCCAGAUCAGGAACGGAGGCGGAACUCAAGGACAUGAUCACCAGGUGCAACAAUGUCGGGGUGAAUAUUUAUGUGGAUGCGGUGAUUAAUCACAUGUGUGGAGCAACCGGUGGUGAAGGGAAACACUCAAGCUGUGGGACGUUCUUCAACGCCAAUAGUGAGGAUUUCCCUUCAGUUCCAUACUCCAACUGGGACUUUAACGAUUGGAAAUGUUCCACCAGCACCGGCGACAUUCAGGACUACAACGAUAUUUAUCAGGUGAGAGACUGUCGUCUGGUCAGUCUGCUGGACCUGGCUCUGGAGAAAGAUUACGUCCGUAGUAAAGUGAGUGAGUACAUGAACAAGCUGAUUGAUAUGGGCGUGGCCGGCUUCAGGGUGGACGCCUGCAAACACAUGUGGCCUGGAGAUCUGAACGCCGUCUACAGCAACCUGAACAACCUCAACACACAGUGGUUCUCCAGUGGAUCCAGACCUUUCAUCUACCAGGAGGUUAUUGAUCUCGGUGGAGAGCCAAUCAAAGCUUCAGAAUAUUAUGGGAUGGGCCGAGUGACCGAGUUCAAAUACAGCGCUAAACUGGGAAUCGUUCUCCGCAAAUGGGACAACGAGAAACUGCGCUACCUGAUUAACUGGGGUGAAGGUUGGGGGUUCAUGCCGUCUGAUAAAGCUGUGGUGUUUGUAGAUAAUCACGAUAAUCAGAGAGGACAUGGACCUGGAGGAGCUUCCAUCCUCACCUUCUGGGAUCCCAGGUUGUAUAAAAUGGCUAUGGGGCUGAUGUUGGCGCAUCCAUACGGUUUGACCCGAGUCAUGUCCAGCUACCGCUGGAACCGCAACUUCAUCAAUGGAAAGGAUGAGAACGACUGGAUUGGACCGCCGAGCUACAGCGAUGGGAGAACCAAGCCGGUUCCCAAACCAGACACGACGUGUGGAGACGGCUGGGUGUGUGAGCACAGGUGGAGGCAGAUCAGGAACAUGGUGAUUUUCCGGAACGUAGUAAAUGGACAGUUGCUGGUGAACUGGUGGGACAAUGGGAACAACCAGAUCGCCUUCGGUCGCGGGAAUCGCGGCUUCAUCGUCAUCAACAACGACGACUGGAAUCUGGACACCUCCCUAAACACUGGUUUGCCCAGUGGCACCUACUGUGACGUCAUUUCUGGCCAGAAGGAAGGAGGCUCAUGUACAGGAAAACAAGUGCACGUGGGUGCAGAUGGACACGCCCAUUUUACAAUCAGUAACUGGGAUGAGGAUCCAUUCAUCGCCAUCCAUGUUGAUGCGAAACUCUAAAUUAAUUCAUAAUAAACAAAUAACUAUGUGAUCACGA